AUUCGUUUCAGUCGCAAAAGAAAAUCCCAAUAAAAAUCAACCACACAGUGUAAAAGCGGAGAAUUACUCGAAAUAAAACGAGGAGUGUGAAAUUUAUUUUAUCUAUUUUGUGACGUCAAAUGAGCAGCAACAAUUUGAAUUGAAUCAAUCAAACUGAUAUAAGUUUUUUGCAUCUUAAUAUUGUUCCCUCUCUUUUCGAAUUGUUUUAUUUUUUCUGAAAAGAAAAAAAGCCAAGACAUAACACUCAAACAAACAAACAUAAAAAUACAUAUUUGAUUUCAAUGCUGGUUCCUUUUUGGCAAAUUAUGCAAAAAUCAUCAAAUUCAAUAACAAAAACAACAAGAAAAACUACGUCAGUGACAAUUUUAUGCAGCAUUGCUGAAUUAUAUUCAACUUAAAUUUAAAUUUUGUCAUUUAAAUUGUAGUUGUAUCCCAAAAAAAAUUUGUUUAAAUAAACAAGAUUAUCUUAAAGGAAUUUCCUGCCAAAUUUUUCGCACCACCACCGCUUUUAUGCCACCAAACAAAAAAGCUACAAAAAUUAAAUAACCAACAACAAAAAUUAAGAUACAAAAUUUAAAUUUGUAUCAUAUUUGGUUAAAAUAACUCACAAUUUUUGCAGCAAAGUAUAGAUAGAUAGAAGGAAGAGAAGACUUUGAAAAUAAAAGUUAAAAUUCAACUCAACAAAAUAACCUACAAAAUUACGGCUACAAAAUGGCUCAACGAAGUCAUCAAUAUUUUAGUUUGCGAUGGAAUAACUAUCAAAACACCAUGACUUCGGUGUUUCAGCAAUUACGUGAAGAUCUAUCAUUUGUUGAUGUAACCCUAUCAUGUGAACAUGGUUCUCUUAAAGCACACAAGGUGGUGCUUUCGGCAUGUUCAUCAUAUUUUCAAAAGUUAUUAUUGGAGAAUCCCUGCAAACAUCCAACCAUAAUAUUGCCAGGCGAUAUUAUAUUUACAGAUCUAAAAACCAUCAUCGAUUUUGUAUAUCGUGGUGAAAUUGAUGUAACCGAAUCAGAAUUACAGGGUCUUUUACGCACCGCUGAACAGUUAAAAAUCAAAGGUCUUUGUGAGACAGCAGAAAAUGCCGAUGAUCUGAAUGAUACGGCCACAGCAACAAUAACAGUAUCAGAGAAUAUACAGCAAGCGGUCGUUGGUAAUAUUGUCAAUGCCACAGUAGUGCCGGGUCAGCAGUCUCCUCCUAUACCCCACCAACAACAUCAGCCACAACAACAGCAGCAGCAACAACAACAGCAGCAGCAUCAACACCAACAGCAGCAGCAGCAACAACAACAAUUAACAACUACCGCCGUAUUAAGUCCGGGAAGUGCUCAACAGUUAGCAGCUACAGGACAAUUGGUAACAUCAACACCUGCCACAACACCCCAGCAACAGCAGCAACAACAACGAAAAUCCAGAGUCCGCAAACGUUCAAAAUCCCCUGACUUACAGCUGCAACAACAGCAGCAUCAGCACCAACAGCAACAGAAUCAACAGCAACAUCCACAGGCAAUAUUAAUACAAAAUCAAAAUCAAGCUGCUAUUGUCAGUCUACAACAGACGUCGGCCGGUAAUUACAUACCCGUAUCAGGAGUUCAAACGGUAACCACCAGUGUAGCGGGUGGCCAACAGCAGCAACAACAACACACCACCAUCGUAACAGCGGACGAUUCGGAUUCGGAUAAGCCGUCCCUGCAAAAGAUUUGCAAAACUGAAGCGUCCUCAGCUUCACCGGCGUCCACUUCAUCGGCAUCAGCAUCAAAUAAUGCUGGUGGUGUAACUGCGGUCACAGCAUCGGGAACAGCGAUCGUAACACAAAUUGUAGUAGCAAGAGACGGAAAAGAUAAAAAUAUGACUAGUUUAGGCAUGGGAAUGAAUGGUGGCAUUCUAGGAGUCCCAAUGGGCUUUUUAGAUUUUGCCCCCGAACCACCGGCACCCUCAGCAACACCUGUCACGGUUACAGAACACGUAGAUUUAUCCUGUAACCCCAGCACGGAUACCAGAGAUUUAUCAAAUCCCUCAGAACCGCUCGAUAUCGACAAUCAUUUGGCUCAGCACAUGAUACAACGGCUCGAUCAAUCUCCCAUGCACACCAUACAUCAUCAGACCGGUGACGAAUCAAAUUCGAAUCUAGUUCAGCAUAUAAAAAGCGAAGUAAUCGAUGCCAAACAACAGCAGGUCCAGCAGCAGCAACAACAAGCCGCCGCUGUAGCCGCUCACCAUCAAGCUCAGCAGCAACAGUUGCAUGCACAACAAUUAGCAGCAGCGCAAGGACAAACACAUCAGCAACAACAACAGCAGGCAGCCCAUCAGCAACAGCAGCAGCAACAACAACAGCAGCAGGCACAUCAACAACAUCACCAGCAACAGGCCCACCAGCAGCAGCAUCAUCAGGAAAUAACCGGUGCCACCGUUAUGGAGAUUGAUCCGAGCCAAAUAAAACAUGAGCCGGGCAUGAUAAUAACACCGGAAAUUGUAAAUAUGAUGACGACAGGACAUAUGGACAUGUACAAUUCCGAUACGAGCGAUGAUUCAAUGAUGAUUGCCAACGGUUCACCACAUGAUCAAAAUGAACCCCAUUACACGAAUUUAGAUCAACAGCAUGGCGAUAUGAAAGGUCAGUUUAAUGGUCCCAAAACUUGGACACAAGAUGAUAUGAAUUCAGCUUUAGAUGCAUUGAAGAAUCAAAACAUGAGCCUGACGAAAGCAUCCGUUACCUAUGGCAUCCCCUCAACCACCCUAUGGCAAAGGGCCCACCGCAUGGGCAUCGAAACACCGAAGAAGGAAGGAGGUACCAAAUCGUGGAACGAAGACUCGCUCAACAAUGCACUGGAGGCUUUGCGCUCGGGACAAAUAUCGGCCAACAAAGCAUCGAAAGCCUUUGGUAUACCUUCGUCGACGUUGUAUAAAAUAGCACGACGUGAAGGUAUACGAUUGGCAGCGCCGUUUAAUGCCGCCCCAACCACCUGGACGCCGGAAGAUUUAGAACGGGCCUUGGAAGCAAUACGUGCGGGCCAUACAUCGGUACAGAAGGCAAGUGCAGAAUUUGGUAUACCCACAGGCACAUUAUAUGGUCGUUGUAAACGUGAGGGCAUCGAAUUAUCCCGUUCAAAUCCUACACCCUGGUCUGAAGAUGCUAUGAAUGAAGCUUUAAAUUCUGUGCGCAUUGGCCAAAUGUCUAUAAAUCAAGCUGCUAUCCAUUAUAAUUUACCGUAUAGUUCUUUAUAUGGUCGCUUUAAGCGCGGCAAAUAUGAUGUGGCCAAUACGAGCGGUACUUCCAUUAAUAAUACAUCGGGCAAUACCUCCGGUAGUAUUGAAAUUAUUGAACAUAGUCAAGAGAAUUCGUUGCCUAUGUUUCAGCAACAAUUCCAAUAUAGUCCAUCGCCGCAUCAGCAACAGCACGGUGGCAGUAGUACACCGCAGCAAAGUCAAACGCCACAGCAUCUACAGCAGCAUGUUGUGCAUAUACAGCAACAGCAUCAUCAGCAACAGCCCCAACAUGCGCAACAUAUCCAACAGCAAGAUGUUGUAACCUCGUCAAGUCAACAACAAGUCCAACAGCAACAACAUGCCAGCAAUACGGCAGCCUCCCAACAACAACAACAACAGCAGCAGCAACAACAACAAAUUCAACAGAUUUAUCAUCAUCACAGUACACCCGAGAGAAGUUGAGAAUCACUGCAAAUCGUAUCAGCCGCCUCUACUGUUGCUGUCGCAGCAGUGGCCGCAGCAGCAAACCUAAGUGGCGGUAUAAGUCACAAUACUACAACAACACAUCAUCAACAUCAUCAUAGCGUAACAACAAUUGCUGCCAGCAAUAGCAGCAACAAACGUAAGAAGACCUCUAAAACAAAACGUUGAAUAAACUACACGAUAGACAACCAAACAAACAGUCCAAACAAGAGAACGAGCGAGAGAGUUAAGGAAAAAAAGUUUUUGUUGUCCAAAAAGAAGGCACACACUAAAUAAUUGUUGAUGAGAUUAACACUCUAUCAACAAUAACAACAAUAGCAGCAAAUGUUCUAAAAAUGAAUAUUAGAAUAAUGACAACAACUGCAGCAGCUACUAACUAACACAAUGAUUUUCAGGAAAGAGUGUCAAGAAUUUUAGUUUAUUUUAAGUGUAAAAAAACCGAUAAAAGUGUUGAUUGAUCGAUUACUGAAAGAAUGGUUGGGGAUGGAUGAAUGUACUGUACUACAAAAGGAUGGAUGGAUGGCUGUUUUGUUAUUGUUCUGUUGGCUGGUUGAAUUUAUUAUUUUUUUUUUUAAUUUUUUUCUUAAGGUGUAAGUUUAUCCUCCUUAUUUUUAAUUUCUUAAAUUUAUUAUUAUUAUUACAACUAUUAAUUAUUAUUAUUAACUAUAGUUAUUAUUAUU